AUGAGCCCUCCACUGCUCAAGCUUGGUGCUGUUCUUAGUACCAUGGCCAUGAUCUCUAACUGGAUGUCCCAAACGCUCCCAUCACUGGUAGGACUAAACACCACCAGGCUGACCACUUCCAACACUCUAGUAAGUAACUCCAGCACUGGGAUGACUCAAAUUAGUCCAAAAGAAGGGUGGCAAGUCUACAGCUCUGCUCAAGACCCCGAUGGGAGAUGUAUCUGCACUGUGGUCGCACCCGAACAAAACCUCUGCUCCAGAGAUGCCAAAAGUAGGCAGCUGAGACAACUGCUCGAGAAGGUUCAGAAUAUGUCUCAGUCCAUUGAAGUUUUAAACCUACGGACUCAGAGAGAUUUCCAGUAUGUUUUAAGAAUGGAAACCCAAAUGAAAGGGCUGAAGGCCAAGUUCCGGCAAAUUGAAGAUGACCGGAAGACUUUAAUGACAAAGCAUUUCCAAGAAUUGAAGGAAAAAAUGGAUGAGCUGCUGCCACUCAUCCCUGUUCUGGAACAGUACAAAACUGAUGCUAAGUUAAUCACCCAGUUCAAAGAGGAAAUUAGAAAUCUGUCUUCAGUCCUCACUGGGAUUCAAGAGGAAAUCGGUGCCUAUGAUUAUGAGGAACUACACCAGCGAGUUCUCAGUUUGGAAACCAGGCUUCGGGACUGCAUGAAAAAACUAACAUGUGGCAAAUUGAUGAAAAUCACUGGACCUAUUACAGUCAAGACAUCUGGAACCCGCUUCGGAGCUUGGAUGACAGAUCCAUUAGCAUCAGAGAAAAAUAACCGAGUCUGGUACAUGGACAGCUACACCAACAACAAAAUUGUCCGCGAAUACAAAUCAAUAGCAGAUUUCGUCAGCGGAGCUGAGUCAAGGACAUACAAUCUCCCUUUCAAAUGGGCAGGCACCAACCACGUGGUCUACAACGGAUCUCUCUACUUCAACAAAUACCAGAGCAACAUUAUAAUCAAGUACAGUUUUGACACGGGACGGGUGCUUGCCCAGCGUAGCCUGGAGUAUGCAGGCUUCCACAACGUCUACCCAUACACCUGGGGUGGCUUCUCAGAUAUCGACCUGAUGGCAGACGAAAUCGGCUUGUGGGCCAUAUACGCAACCAACCAGAAUGCAGGCAACAUUGUCAUCAGCCAGUUGAAUCAGGAUACCUUAGAAGUGAUGAAAAGCUGGAGCACCGGAUACCCAAAGAGAAGUGCCGGGGAAUCCUUCAUGAUCUGUGGCACCUUGUACGUCACCAACUCGCACUUAACUGGAGCCAAGGUCUACUAUUCCUAUUCCACAAAAACCUCCACAUAUGAAUACACAGACAUACCCUUUCAUAACCAGUACUUUCAUAUAUCCAUGCUUGACUACAAUGCCAGAGACCGGGCUCUGUAUGCCUGGAAUAAUGGACACCAAGUCCUUUUCAACGUCACUCUUUUUCACAUAAUUAAGACAGAAGAUGACACAUAAACCUUGAUCCAACAUUGAU